GUCUACCUCCCUUGGGCUGUUCCAGAUGAGACGCCUCCACCCCCUCCGCCCCUCUGAUCCUCUUAUCAGCGAGUAAGCGGCCAAGAUGGAUGUCGUAAACCAGUUGGUGGCCCAAGGACAGUUCACAAUAAUCAAGCAGCCAUUGGGAUUUAUAAAAGUCCUCCAAUGGAUCUUUGCGAUCUUUGCCUUCUCGACAUGCGGCAGCUACUCCGGCAUGUUCAAGAUGAGCGUGGAGUGUAAAAACCGGUCAGAGAGUGACCUCGGCAUUGAAGUAGAAUUUGAAUAUCCAUUCAGGCUCCAUCAGGUUUACUUUGAUGCCCCCACCUGUAAGGGAGGGAACCCUGAGCGUCUAUUCCUGGUCGGCGACUACUCCUCCUCGGCAGAGUUCUUUGUCACCAUCGGUGUCUUUUCCUUCCUCUACUCCAUGGCAGCCCUCUCUGUGUACUGUUUCAUCCUGGAGAAGUACCGCGAAAACAACAAGGGCGCCCAGAUUGACUUUGUAGUGACCGCAGUGUUCGCCUUCAUGUGGCUGGUGUCAUCGUGUGCGUGGGCCAAAGGUCUGUCCGACGUCAAGACAGCCACUGAUCCAGAGAGUGUCGUCACGCUCAUCACAGCCUGUGACGAACGAGAGAACCGCUGCCGUGAGGUCUACGACCCCAAAGUCUCCGGCCUCAACACCUCUGUGGCUUUUGGUUUCUGCAACCUGAUCCUGUGGAUAGGAAACCUGUGGUUCGUCUUCAAGGAGACAGGCUGGAUGGCUGCCUUCGCUGGUACAUACAUGCCAUCGCAGGAAAAGCAGCCCGCUCCUGAUUCCUUUGCCCAGGGUGGCUACGGUCAGCAGGACCCGUAUGCCGGCUCCCAGGGAGGCUACCAGCCCGAAUACGGCCAGCAGGGAGGCUACAAUGAGGAUGGAGGCUACAGCCAGGGCUAUGAACAGCAGCCCACCUCCUACUCCAAUCAAAUGUGAGCCUGUGCGGUGACAACACAGCUGCAGGAGGGGUGACCUUGUGAUUCCGGCGCUCAACCACCGCCUGCAUUUCUGCACUCGUCUGUUAGUCUGUUUGUGUACUUGUGAGUUUGGCAAGUGGCGGGAGGGAAGGAAGGUAGGGACACGGUGGACGGGGGACGGGAGGGUGGGGUGUACGGUGUGGGUGGGCUAAAACCGGGUUGUCAACGGUAGGGAGUAGGAGGUGGUGGGGAGGGUAAAUGGGGUGGGGGCGGGAGGGUCUUUGCUGUAACAUGAUGUUUAUUCUCGUGAUGUAUUUAAUUGUAGAAGACAACAGAGGAUUGUCUGUUUGGUUAUACGAGAAAAACUUGAAUACAAAUACCAAAACAUACAUUGACGAACAUUGAAGAGAAAUCUUGUAAUGGAAAAGACUUACAUUUAUUGGGGGGGGUGGAAAAACAUUGUAGUAAUAUUUAACUUGAGAGAAUGUAUUGUCUGUGCUGUGUAAAUAUCAACAUGCUAAUAUAUACAGUAUGAUUCUAUGUACUCAGUUGAAUAAUUGUGCACUCCAUAUUAGUUGUUAUACAACAAAUGUUGAGCACAGAGUUAUUCAAUUGGAUUUACUUUGGUUCUGUCUCGGAGCACAUAGUUUGGCCUUUGCCCUUCAACUCCUCUCCCAUUCACACCAAUGUCAUAUUUUUUUUUUAUUCAUCGCAACAAGCCUCUCUUUUCAUUUCUUACUGUUAUUUUUUUUUUUUUAUGUGCUCAGCAUUAGCGGCAGGAUUGGGAGCCGGGUGAAGGCUAAUGGAUAUAUUAAAAAGAAUAUGAAAGAGAAUGAUGUGUAUAAAAGGUGAGCAGAGACAGUGUGAUAUAUAGCAAUAGCAGUGGUAUGAAGUACAGUAAGUGGUUUCAACUUUAUUUGUCUUUGUGGGUGUUUUUUUCCAUCAUUGUCAAGAGGAUGUGCAAAAUAUUCCUGACCCUACAGCUGAAGAUGACUUUAGUGAGCUUGAUUAUAUUUCCUGUGCUGUUUCACAAACUGCUGUUGUGUGCUUUGAACUUUAUUAAUCAGGGCGGUGGGUGUCCGUUUUAGAAGUGCGUGUUUAUUUGUGGGUAUCGGCCAGGUUUUGUCAGUGAAUCUUGUCCUGUUUCUGUGGUUCAGAAAGUUGUAAGACACAGUCAUAUAGUUUCCCCCCUUACAUAAACUUGAACUGUGGGUACAUGUUUAAGAUCUUGCCCUGGUAAACUUUUGAAAGCAGUCUGAACAAAAUGCCAGAGAUAUACUUCUGCUGCAUCUUAAAUCCUUCUUUCUUGCUUCUCUUUCGAAUGGCAAGUGAAAUUACUGCAUGCAUCUUCUUCCUCUUCCUCAAGUAUCCCUUAAACAUAUUUAAGAAGCUGCAGGAUGGUGACAGACUCCAUAGUAAAACAACGGCAUGUUAGAUCCAUUGAAAGCACAAUUUAGGCAAUAAAUACUCCAGAUAAUGCACCACUCCUGACAAUUGUGUUGGAAAUGGUCAGAGAUGUGUUUUCAUUUGUAGUUUUGCUUCCACAGAUCUCAUCUGAAUUAACUGUUGUCCAUUUCCAGUAUUUUGCUACAAUGCUCUGCCCUGGAUUCACUCUUUCGUUCAUCCUUUUCCUGUCCCCGUACACAAUUUUAUUCUCUCUGUAGCUCUUAUAAAUAUGCUCAAAUGAAAUAUACUCUGUUGUUAGUGGUGAAUGAUGUCUUGUGAUACUCUACACCUUUGGAUAGUGCUGUGUUUAUUGUGUAUGAUGUAUACAUAUUAGUAUUUAUGAUAAUGAUAAGUCAGAGAAGAAAAAUAUCCAAGACUCUCCAGAAUUCUGCUGUAUUCUUACUGUAUGGGCUCCAUGUGAAACAAAAAUGAAAUAAACUUGAAAUUAUUCUGUUGAA